CGUUCGUGGUUGAGUUCAUAUUAAACGUUGAGUGCAUAUGAUAGUAUUUAUUGGCUGUUAAAUUUCAAAUCGCUGUGUGUGGAGCGUUGUUUGUUGUCUAAACAGCGUCUCGUUAACAAUAAAAGCAAGAACAACAACUAAAAAGUAACAGCCACUUGCGCCGGACAUUAAAGUCAAUAUUGUUAAAACGGUUAACAUGCAAACAGUCAUUAAGAAUCCCAACUGGUGGCACCGUCGCACCAAGAUGGAGAGAGGUCUGCUCGCUCUCUGCAUCUUGUUCUUCGCGAUCAUUGCCGCCGGCUUUGGCUACGAGCUGUACAAAGGACUCGGCCACGGCGGCUCCAAUAUGGCGAUGCCAUCGCAGCCGCUGCCACAGGCAACUGCUCUGAGUGCCAAUAGCACCACCUUGAACAUGGUGCCGGUCACGCAACAGGCCAGCAAGGGCAAGCCGGACAACGUUUGCCUGACCAAGGAGUGCAUUCACACCGCCUCCAAGGUGCUCAGCAAAAUCAAUCCGGAGGUGGAGCCUUGUGAUAACUUCUACGAGUUCGCCUGCGGCGCCUACAUCGAGGAGGAGACCAUACCGGACGACAAGGUGUCCGUCAGCACCUUCAGCGUCAUCUCGGACAAGCUACAGGAGCAGCUGAAGGAGAUCAUCACAACCGAUCGCCCAGACACCGAACCCAAGCACUUCCGUCUGCCCAACUUGCUCUACAGAGCCUGCAUGAAUAAGACACUGAUUGAAACUUUGGGUGCCACACCUAUUGCCAAGAUUGCCAAAUCCUUGGGAGGCUGGCCACUGAUCGAGGGCGAGAAGUGGAACGCUGACAACACCUGGACAUGGCAGGAGCAGGUUAAGAAGUUCCGCAAAGCCGGUUUCAGCAUGGACUACAUCAUUGAUUUCUCCAUUGGCGUUGACCUGCAGAACAGCACCAAGCGCCUCAUGGACUUGGAUCAAUCCGCGUUGGCUCUGAGUCGGGAAUACCUGGUCAAGGGCUUCAAUGAGACUCUGGUUAGCGCCUACUACGAUUACAUGGUGGACAUUGCUGUUCUCUUUGGUGCCAAGAAGGACGAAGCCAAGGAACAGCUGCUGCAAUCACUCGAAUUCGAAAUCGCGCUGGCCAAUAUCUCCUGGCCCAAUGAGAAGCGUCGCAACUCCUCCGAGCUAUUCAAUCCCCGCACAACGCAGCAACUGUAUGCCGCUUAUCCCUACGUUGAUUGGGUGGACUACAUGAACGCCUUGUUGCCAGAGGGACUCCAUGUGCAGGACGAUGAGAUUAUUAACCUGACAGUGCCGUCUUUCUUUGAGGAUCUGGGCAAAUUGCUGGCUAAGACACCGAACCGUGUGAUUGCCAACUAUAUGAUGUGGCGUAUUCACGCCUUCUCGAUUGGUUUCCUCAGCGAGGAGUUCCGCAAGCGGCAGCUACAGUAUGCCACGGCAUUGUCGGGUCGUCAGGAGCAGGAGGCGCGUUGGAAGGAGUGCGUCGACAUUUCCUCUGGCAGUGACGUCGAUGAGCUCGAACCCAAUGUUGAAAUCCUUGGCAUAUCCGUGGGCUCGCUCUACGUUCGCAAGCAUUUCCAUCAAGACUCGAAGGCCAAUGCCCUGGAAAUGGUUAAUGACAUACGCGGCGUGUUCAACGACAUCCUCGAUGAGGUCAACUGGAUGGACGACAAGACGAAGCAGGAGGCCAAGGAGAAGCUGCACAGCAUGGCCACACACAUUGGCUAUCCCGAUGAGAUGCUCGACAACGAGAAGCUGGCCAAAUACUUUGAGAAACUCGAAAUCAAUCCUGACAAGUACUUUGAAUCCUUCUUGGCCAUGAACAUCUUCGGCACAGAUUACUCCUUCAGUAAGCUGCGUUUGCCCGUCAACAAAACCGAUUGGAUACGUCACGCUCGCCCAGCAGUUGUGAAUGCCUUCUACUCAUCCCUGGAAAACAGCAUACAGUUUCCGGCUGGCAUUCUGCAGGGUCACUUCUUCAGUGCUCAACGUCCCAAGUACAUGAACUUCGGAGCAAUUGGCUAUGUGAUCGGUCACGAAAUCACUCAUGGAUUCGACGAUCAGGGUCGCCAGUUUGAUGUGAAGGGCAACCUGCGUGAUUGGUGGCAACCAGAUACACAGAAGGCUUAUCUGAAGAAGGCUCAAUGUAUCAUUGAACAGUAUGGCAACUACACGGAACGUUUAACGGGCUUGAAUUUGAACGGUAUUAAUACGCAGGGCGAGAAUAUCGCCGAUAAUGGUGGCGUCAAGGAAUCGUACAUCGCCUACCAACGUUGGGUGGAGAAGCACGGUCAAGAGCCAAAGUUGCCUGGCCUCGACUAUACGCCACAGCAAAUGUUCUGGAUCUCGGCUGGGCAGACCUGGUGUGCCAAGUAUCGUAAGGAAUCGCUGAAGAUGAGAAUUACCACAGGCGUACAUUCGCCAUCGGAGUUCCGUGUGUUGGGUUCGUUGAGCAAUAUGAAGGACUUUGCCAAGGACUUCCAGUGCCCAGAAGGAUCGCCAAUGAACCCCGUUCAUAAAUGUGAAGUGUGGUAGAGACUAAAUGUUGUACGAUUGUAUUUCCAAUGCAUAUUUGUAUGUGUGUGUGUGUGUCUUCGUAGUGAACUAAUGAACAUUUUAGAUAAUCGGCAAAGACAUCUAGACGAACAAGCCCAAAAUGUUUUAGGGCCUAUCUCACGUAGAAAUACAAUUACUACCCCUAGCGUAUCCUAUGCUAAGUGAGCAUAUUAUAAGACAUUUAUUUAAUAAAAAUUUGUUUUUAUGUACCAGUAUUUUGAAUAAUGAA